GAGAGAUGUCACAACUCCAUCGACGUCCAUGGAUUCCCACUUGUCCCGGUAGCUCUUCCUGCUCUUCAACUUGGAGGCAGGGAUGGCCUUCCUAGAGGGUUUCUAUCCCACCUCCCCAUGAGUUGUGACUCAUCCGGGAAUGCCCUGCCUGCGCGCCCGCAGAAGGGCCCUUCUCCUCCUCCUCCUCCUCCAACAUCCUUCUCCAGGAGCCAAGCGCCUCUCCAUCUCUCUUUGCAGAGUCUUGCAGGGUCGAGGGCGACGUCUUCUCUCUCUCUCUCUCUCUCCAUGGGCGAGCGAGGGCCCCACUUGGCUGCCUUUCGGCCCCGGUGCCUUGGGUGCGUGGCCUGCCUCCUUCUCACCUCUCUUUCCUCUCCUUGCCUCUCCUUUAAGAGAGGGAUUAAUUAAGCGGCGGCCCAGAGCCCAGCGAGGCGGCCGUGACGAGCCCAGUGGCGAUUGGCCGCCCGCCCGCCUGGCCCUGCCUUUAUAAUUUCCACCCGAGUGCAUCUGGGCUCUUAGGCAGGAAGGCAGGCAGGCAGGAGGCUCCUUCGGAUAGAGAGAGAGAGAGAGAGGCGCAGACCCACGCGAGGGAGCGCGCACGCACCUCCACACUCACAGGCGCGCGCCCCAAGAGACACCAGAAAGGCAGGCACAGACUGAGAGAGAAAGAGAGAGAGAGCACUUUCCUCCCAACCCACCAGUGGCAACUUGCAGAAGAAGCACAGUCCCACAAAGCGGGUCAGCUCGGCAUCUCCUUGGAGUGGGUUUUGGUGUGGUUUUCCCAACUCUCGACCGACUUCAGUGCCACAGCCAAGCAAGCUGAGUUUCUGGGCGAAUCCACAGCCAAGCCAGCCUACUUUUUGGAUGAAUCCAAGCCUACUUUCUGGGUAAAUCCAUAACCAACCCAGCCUACUUUCUGGGUGAAUCCAAGCCUACUUUCUGGGAGAAUCCACAGCCAAAGAAGCCUGCUUCCUGGGUGGCUCCACAGGCAAGGCAGCCUCCUUUCCGGGCGUGCUUUUGGUGACCCCUCGAGGGUCUCGGAGGGCAGAGGCCCGGCUUGCUUCUCGGCCGCGGUGUGUCCCCCCGCCCGUGCCCGGCCGCCGCCGCGUUGGAUCCCAGCGCCUACUGCGAGACUCCGGUCUACAACCCGGAUCUCUGUCCCAACAUGAUCGCGGCGCAGGCCAAGCUGGUGUACCACCUGAACAAGUACUACAACGAGAAGUGCCAGGCGCGGAAGGCGGCCAUCGCCAAGACCAUCCGCGAGGUCUGCAAGGUGGUGUCGGACGUGCUGAAGGAGGUGGAGGUGCAGGAGCCGCGCUUCAUCAGCUCCCUCAACGAGAUGGACAACCGCUUCGAGGGCCUGGAGGUGGUCUCGCCCACGGAGUUCGAGGUGGUGCUCUACCUCAACCAGAUGGGCGUCUUCAACUUCGUGGACGACGGCUCGCUGCCCGGCUGCGCGGUGCUGAAGCUGAGCGACGGGCGGAAGCGGAGCAUGUCGCUCUGGGUGGAGUUCAUCACGGCCUCGGGCUACCUGUCGGCGCGGAAGAUCCGCUCGCGCUUCCAGACGCUGGUGGCGCAGGCCGUGGACAAGUGCAGCUACCGCGAGGUGGUCAAGAUGGUGGCGGACACCAGCGAGGUCAAGCUGCGCGUCCGCGACCGCUACGUGGUGCAGAUCACGCCGGCCUUCAAGUGCACGGGCAUCUGGCCCCGGAGCGCGGCCCACUGGCCCCUGCCGCACAUCCCCUGGCCGGGCCCCAACCGCGUGGCCGAGGUCAAGGCCGAGGGCUUCAACCUGCUCUCCAAGGAGUGCCACUCGCUGGCCGGGAAGCAGAGCUCGGCCGAGAGCGACGCCUGGGUGCUCCAGUUCGCCGAGGCCGAGAACCGGCUCCAGAUGGGCGGCUGCCGCAAGAAGUGCCUCUCGCUCCUCAAGACGCUACGCGACCGGCACCUCGAGCUGCCCGGCCAGCCGCUCAACAACUACCACAUGAAGACGCUCGUCUCCUACGAGUGCGAGAAGCACCCACGCGAGGCCGACUGGGACGAGGCCUGCCUGGGCGACCGCCUCAACGGCAUCCUCCUCCAGCUCAUCUCCUGCCUCCAGUGCCGCCGAUGCCCGCACUACUUCCUGCCCAACCUCGACCUCUUCCAGGGGAAGCCCCACUCCGCCCUCGAGAACGCCGCCAAGCAGACCUGGAGGCUGGCCAGGGAGAUCCUCACCAACCCCAAGAGCCUCGAGAAGCUCUAGGCCCAACGGGAAAGAAAGGGAG